CACAUCCAUCCCUUCAAAAUCAGGAAGAAACCCUAGUAGCUCUUAGAGAUAAGAGGCGCCUCUGAACAUUCGACGAAGCUACAAUGGUGAGAAUCAGUGUUCUCAAUGAUGCUCUCAAGAGCAUGUACAAUGCAGAGAAAAGGGGGAAGCGCCAGGUCAUGAUCAGACCAUCCUCGAAGGUGAUCAUCAAGUUUCUUUUGGUGAUGCAGAAGCAUGGAUACAUCGGUGAGUUCGAGUAUGUUGAUGAUCACAGGGCUGGUAAAAUUGUGGUCGAACUGAAUGGAAGGCUGAAUAAGUGUGGAGUUAUUAGUCCGCGCUUUGAUAUUGGUGUUAAGGAGAUUGAGGGUUGGACUGCGAGAUUGCUUCCUUCAAGACAGUUUGGUUACAUUGUAUUGACAACUUCAGCUGGCAUCAUGGAUCAUGAAGAGGCUCGUAGAAAGAAUGUCGGUGGUAAAGUGCUCGGUUUCUUUUAUUAGUUCAAGCUUGCUUAAAGAACGAGGGUAGAAUUUUUUCAGUCCGAGGAGCAUUUUGGUGUAUUCCGAAACAUGCGUAGAUUAGGUCUAUGUUCUGUUUGAUUUUGUGCUGUUUUGAAUGCGAGUUUAUCAAAUUGUUAUUUGCAUUCUUUAAAGAGACAAGAAUUUUGUUUUUGCAAGUUGCACUUUCCCUAUAAGCAAUUCAUGCUUCUUAUCUUGUUUCUCGUCA